CCACUGAACUUCUUGAAGGUGUAACACAUUGUGCUUGAUGUAGAUGAAGUUUUUAAAAAAUAUUUAACUAAGGUUUCUUGAACAAGCACUCACACAUAUUGAGUCAAUAAUGAAGCGAAUGUAACUGGUACAGAGUCGAGGUAGAACAUUAAAAAAGAAGUAUAUAAUUUGAAUAACAAAAAACAGAAAGAAAUAAUGAAGUUCUACUAAAUAAUGUAUUAAGAAGAAAAUACGAAAAAAUAUUCUACUUUUUUGUUUAACAACCAGUUUCUUUCGAUAAUAAGACAGGUGAUAAUCGAAAAAAGAUUCGAAUCUUUUUUUGACUCAUAUAACCAAAGAGAAAUUGAAGAAUAGAAGAAAAUAAGCGAAGUAUUCUAAAAUAAUAGAAUAAGUUACAUUUGUUUUCUUUUUUCAUUUAAAAAUUCAUCUAAAUAUCCUACAGGCAGUGUUAUUCUAUUGAGUAAAGUGUACUGCAUGCAUACUACUUUUUUUAAGACAAUGUGAAACAGCGCUUAUAUCGAAAGUCACAGAUGUUCGAUACACAUGUUGCCUCUGCUUGUUAAAACUGUCGUUAGAAGCAUCAAAAAGAAAGAACAACUGUCAUCUAUGCACUUGUGACUAGAAAGAAGGACAAAUAAUUAACACUAAAAGCAAGUGCUAUAAAAGGAGAUAGAGUUUUGUAACAGUGAAAGAAAUAUUGUGCAGAGAAAUAAAAAAAUUUAAGUUACAUGAAACAAAAAUACUUUUUAGAGAAUAACAAAAAAAAUAAAUAUUUUGCAAUUUUUAUAGAAUAUCGAGCAUAUUUCAUGUAUUCUCGAUCGAUAUUUACAAAUUUUUUGAUUGAGCGACGAGUUUGAACUGCUAUUACUUUCAAAAUGUAAAACGAAUUAUUCAUGGUGUUGUUAUUUUAGUUUCAAAAUCUAAAUGAAACUGACUUUCAGAUAAAGAUAAUGCAAAAGGCAAACACGAGAUCUUAUAAGUACUUCAUACAGAUUCAAUUGUAGAGAAGUCGCACACUUCUAUUUAUAUAUAUCGUUCAACUGUUUUAAUCCUAAAAACAAAGAUGAAGCUUGACAACUGUGUAUGACGGUGAUUGUCUUUAGUGGAAGUACUGCACUUAUAAUAUCCAAUGGACUUUUGAGGAGUUACAAAUCAGAUGCUUCAGGAUUCUCAGUUAACUAUCCUGAGAAAAUACUUUCAAUACAGAAAGUCUUGUAAUGAGAAAACAUCCCCUCAGAUACAUUAAGAAUUCCUCCAAAUGUCUAUGCACGGAGGGAACUUUUCAAGCAUAUUAAUAGCACUGAUUCAGUAAAUAGCUAUUAUAAACUCAGUACUUCUGUUAGAAGUUGCACAAAAUUUAUCUUCAUAUAUAAUACGUACGAAUGUAUCUUGAACGAAAUCAAUAAGAAUUAUUUGUAAAAUAAUAUCACCUUUCAUCGCUAAGACAUUUUUCAUCAUUCAAUUUGCAACAGAAUAUAUACAAGAAAUGCCUCGGUAUGAAUAGAUACUAUGUGUUAAAAUAAACACAACAAAAAGCAAUACUUGUCAGCCUUACCGAUAUAUAAAAAAAAUUGUAAAAAAAAAUCGAACAUAACGCAUAAACCGUUGCUUAUCUUAUAUCAAGAACUGUUACGAAUGGUUUUCAAAGAAAAAGCAUAUAGCAAUACACAUAAUUUCAACCUCGAAAACUAUUUUGUUCGUUAUAACUCAUGUUCUUUUCUUAAUCGAGCUUAGCUUUCAAUAGUUGAGCUAUUGAUUAAUUAGCACCUAAGCAAAUGAAAUAUAAUAAAUCAGUUGUUGCACUAGAUGCAGUAAGUGGCCUUAAUCUAGUCAUCAUUUCGAAUCGAAAAAGAGCUUGCUGAGAUUGUGUAAAUGUGGUGAGUGCAUAUCUGAAUCCAUUUUUGUCCAAAUUCUGCGACAUUCAGAAGAAACAAAUAUGCAGAAAUCGAUAAUUAGCAGCUGAGAGAUUUUUUGUAUUGGAUGCGUGAUGCAAUCUUAAAGCUAAUAUUCAUAUCUUAGAUGGUAAAUGCAUAUAUACUUUAAACUAUAGUCUUGUGUGACUCGAAUUAAUCCAAGACGAACUCUCAAACGUCUAGACAAGUUUUUGGCAUAGCUGAUAUCUAUCCAGAACAAGAGAGACGAUAAUAAUCAAUAGAUAGACGAAAAAAAAAGAAUAUGAGAAAUAAUUUUUCAUUUUCAUUUCAUAUUAGUAACGCACCAAGGACAUAUUUAAAGAGAAUUAAGAUUAGGAUUUGUUUUAACUUAGAAAAAACAGAAAACAUUUGAAUAAAACCGAACAUAUUAAAUAGAAUACGGAUGCGAAUGAAACAGAUUUUGAAGUUAGUAAUUGUAGCAUAUAGGAUCACGUAUUAAGGUAUUCGUGGUUCGUGCAGUCAGCUACCUUCUAUUGUCGCACUUCGGUCGAGUAGCCGUCUGGAUUUUAAAAUUGAAUCUAAUCUUUUCAUACAUCAGUAAAUAUUUCAUUCUGACUAAAAAGUCUAAGAAUAACAUUUAUUCCUUUGUCUUAAAAAUCACCAAUUGUUACAUUCCAUAUGAAUUCAUAUUCAAAUUAAUAAGAAGCUUUUGAGACGAGAUUUGUGUCAUUAGGUAGAAUCUACCGAGACUACCCACCGUAGACUGUUCGGUAUAAUGUGUGCUACACAGACGGUUAACCGAUGACGUUUGCCGUUAGUGACAAAAGCCCAUCGAUAUAUCGGUAUUCAACCGACGGGAGAGCGAAGAGACGUGUAACAUGGAUAGGCAAAACCUGUAAUGAUUCGUGCCCCUGUUGCUUUCUUUUCAAAAUAUCACCAUUCUCCUUACUUUCUAGUUUAAUGCAGGGUUGGUCAUAAUAAAUGCAAUUUCGUCAUUUUGACUUGAAAUUUUGCUCAUAUAAAGAAUUCAUAUGAGUAUUAUCAUACACCAAAAGUUUCAUCUAGAAACAUCAUAACCUUAACGAAUGUACAUAUUUUAAAAAAGAUUCAGAAGAAUCUGGUUUUCUUGCAAAUCUUUCAUCUCAGGAAGAACACAGGUACGAAUCAUUAUAGAUUUUUUUCUAAUCUCAGCAGACUCUACCUAUUGACAUAAGUCUCGUAUCAUACACUUCUUAUUACUUGGAAAGCGACUUUUUGGAAUGUCACAUUUUCAUUCUAGAAGGAUAAUGCCAAAAACUUUUGUGUUCCUAAUAAAUUUUAUUCAUUUGUUAUAUGAUCAAACCGGGUGUGGGUGUGGGUGUGGGUGUGGGCGUGCAUCAAGAGAAGACCCACACCCAUAUCCACACCCACACUUCACACCCACAUCCACACCGACACCCACACCCACACCCACCCAUACCCAAAUCCACACCCUCUUCACACCCACACCCACACUUCACACCCACACCCACACCCACACCCCAGAUUUACAUGAAUGAUAUAAAAAUCUUACUUUAAAAAUUGCUUAAAUGUAUGAAAAUAUUCUUAUUGAUAUGAAUAAAAUAUAACCUACGGUGCAAAAGUAUCCGCACAAAUGUCUGAUGGCAUUGCGUAACAAGAAUGCAUCACAAAAUUUGGGAUAAUAUAUCUUCAGAUAAAGCAAAAUGAGCUAUUUCAAAUCAUAUAUGACUUAUUGGUUCAUAAUUUAAAAUAAGACGGAGACAAUGAACACAUGAAGAGCUUCGAAAAUUACUUGUAAAUGUUGCAUGUUAAUUAUAUUGGUUCUAUGAUGCGAGUCAACGUUUCUCACGUUGUAAAACGAAGAGUUUCACGCCAAAAGAUCUAUGAUAUUUUGAAAAAGUAUUAUUAAUAUGAAAUAAAAAUUUUUUUAAGCCAAAAUUUCGUCCACCACCUAAAAUUUCUGAUAAAGAAGAAAGAACACUGGUAAGAAGCGCUAAUGAAAAGGCUGAUGUCAGCUAGCACCGCCUUGGACAAAGCUUCAGAGUUCACUAAUCAAUAAUUUCACGUAUGUUCAUUGGGCAUGAUCAUAAAAAUGAUAAUAUUUUAUUUGAAUAAGAUCUGAUUACAUCCCAUUAUUCAGAAUAGGUUCAACAAUUUCUCAAAGACAAUAAACAUCAGUUAUGUUUAACGUCAUUAGAAUUCUUUGAAAGUCUCUCAGAUACCUCCUAUUGAAACAAUUUGAUUAUUAUUAGAACAGAAGGUCUACAAUGGAGCAUGGCAGGCAAAAAAUUUCAAUCAUUAAGUCAAAAGAAUGAUUUUCAAGACAAAAGAACUGAAUCAAGAUGUGGUUACACCUAUGAUUCUGAGUAUUCGAAGAAGGACUUUGCAAAUUUGGAGGCAUAGAGUUUAUGGUCUUUAUUACCUUGUUUUAUAUACGAUUUUCCAUGCUCUUUUCAAUAAAAGGUAAACAAUGAAAAUUGGCCGAAUCUUUGUUUCACAGCAUGCUCGUACAUUUAUGCGGAUACUUUUGAAUCGUAGGUUAUGAUGAUGUUCAUUAUUUUGCUUCAUUUACAAAUGCACUUUUAAUUGAACAAGAAAAUCAACUUGAAAAAGAAAAAUUAAAUGAAGAAAUUGAUAUUAUUCAAGAAAGAAUUGAACAAACCUUAUCUGAAGUACAACUUUUACAAUCAUUUUCAUUUCAUUUAAAUUCUAAUUCAGUUAAAUUAAAUGGUGAAUUUACAAUUAAUUCUAAUAAUAAUAAAAUAAAAUAA